GAGAAAAAAUAUAUUAUAUCGUUUCUAUUGGACUGUGCCCUGCGCAGGCCGAGAUUCCUUCCUUCCUUCCUUCUUCCAUCCAUCCAACCGACACACGAGAGACAGGCGCAGAAAAGUCUCCGAGUCAAGCGCCCGAACGAUGCAUAAGACCGAAAUUGCUCCGUGCUGCGGAGGAGAAGCAGACGGCGAGUUGAAGUGGUGGCGUUCCGGCUUACCGGGCCAACAGGUGGAAGGCAUAUCGCCGCAUCCGCUGCAGAGAGCUGCUGAACCGCAUCGGGGUUUGAAGAAGCUUUGCAGUGACCUCGUGCAUUAGUCGGGAUGGGGAAGAGGAAAUCUGCCAAGGCGCCGCCCAAGAGGGGUGCGGAAAAACUCGCCACGGUUUUCAGCUGUCCUUUUUGCAAUCAUGACAACAGCGUGGAGUGUCGAAUGGAUAGGAAGAAUCAGAUUGGCGAGGCUUCUUGCAGAAUAUGCCAAGAGAAGUUCAGUACUUCUAUUGACGCGUUAAGCGAUCCGAUUGACGUUUAUAGCGAUUGGAUUGAUGAAUGUGAACGAGCCAAUAGUGUAGCUUGAUUCGGCGAUGGACAUGCGCACUUCGGGUACAGCGAUUGGACCCACAAAUGUGAAGAAGCCAUAGUGUUACUUCAGUAAACUGGAACCUAUGGGCAAGGGCUACAGUCACAUGAUGUAUAAACGUAUCUCAGAACACAAUAAUGGCUUGUGUUGUGGUGCAUUUUCCGUUUGGCCAAGGAUUAGUGAAGUAUAAACCCAAAAAUGUCACGGAACCUGAAUUGUAGGGUGCCAAUGACAUGUGGCGUUAUGGAUUGGGGCUUACAAUACAUGCAGACUCCUUGACUUUGCGGAUGAGUUGCCACAAAUGAUAUGUACUAUUUCCAAUAUGCAAGCAGGAAAAACGACUGCCUGUAAUAUCGUACGAGGCGAAAGAACUACCCGACAGUAGAUUGUAUCAGGAUCUAUUCCAGUCUUGACUGACAAGAUGUUUUGAUUUUACUUAUAUGAAUAGUAGCAAUACUCGUUAGUGCUUUAGGGUUUGCAGGCAAUCACUGGUAUACUCACUGCCGCUUGUAAAUUUUCGAUAAUUUCUAUCUAUAAGUUUUGUCUC